AAGAGCGACGCUUACUCAUAGAUCCGUAGUAUCAUCAGGAAUUUUGCAAUCGAAGCAUGUGGAGAGCAGCUGCGAACUAAGGAGAGUAAUUAUAGGGAACACAAUAUUGGACAUGAGCGUGGAGGUGGGUCAUGCGGCCAGUCCGCCUGGUCAUAUACUGGGCUAUGCGAUACGCAGCCAUACGCGCAUCUAUGUCUCCUACAUAAUUCCCACUUGCUUGGCGCUGUUGGUCUAUAUGCUGCAGACGUCCACAGACUUGGCCUUGAGCUAUCAGCAUUUCCGGCAGCAUGAAAACGGCUACGGAGCCGGCACACUAAUACUAGUGCUUGUGCCACCGCUGCUCACCUGCUUCCUGGUGCUCAGCUCCAGGGACCAGCGCAGCAGCGCCAGCGACGCCAGUCGCAAUAAGUUUGUGGCCUGCAGCCUGGGACUGUUGCAGCUGCUCCUCUUUCCAUUCGCCGUACUCUACAGGUUCACCAAGCGCCUGUUUUGGUCCGUUGAGGCGCUUUUCCACGCCGACGACGAUGUGGAGCGCAUGAAGUGCCUGUCCAAGGCAACGCAAACCUCCAGCAUCGAACUGUACCUGCUGAUCCAGGCCUACGCCCAGGCGGCGCCACAGAUUAUACUGCAGAUGUACCACAUGCUCGCCCAGGACAUCUUUCGCAACUACGAGACAUCCGCACUGCAGGGCAUGUGUCUGGUAUUCGCGGCCAUAGAUCUGGCCGGGAUCACCACCAGCUAUCAUCGCAUCGAGAGCCAGCGUCGCGUGGGUCGUAACUAUCCCUGGGCAACGGCGCAGCAGGUGGAGGCCCAGCGCUGUCGGCUGGAGCAAAACGAGCGGCUGUGCGGCGAGGUUGAGCGCAGGAAACGCGAAUCGGAGCGCACGCUGGCAACAAGCUUUCCGCAAUCGGAGAAAAUCAUGCAGAAUUUUCAUGCCAGGCAGAUGGAUAGCCAGGUUGGCAGCCAUGAACUGCACAUAAGCGGAUAUGAUGAGGUGGACAAUGAUGGAAUGGAGACGCUGGAAACCAAAGUUCUGCUGCACUCGCCGACAGCAGCUGCCGGCAACAUCACAGAUGAUGAUAAGAUAUACCAGGCCAGGCCCAAAUUACAGCUGCGACGCGAAGAGCUCAAGCAUUUGGAUAGCAUCGAGGUGCUGGAUACAGUGCCCGAGACGCCAGCGCCUCCGCCUCCGCCCGCCACUGCGCCGCCGGCGCUGCCCAUGCUGCGGCUGCCCACAGACAAUAGUCCGCCGACGGCCGCACCAGAUCUGCGACGCACUGUUUCGGAUACUGAACACAGACGCAGCCGGCUUGUGACACGGCCACUCUCCCAGCUGGAGACAUUCAAAGACAUGCUGCUGGUCAAUGCCCAGCUGUACAUCAAGGAGCACGUGCCGCGGCCGCCCAAAGUGCUGAUGGGACGCGUCAAUGAGGAGCCCAGCGAUGAUCGCACUCCAUUGGUGCUGGCACAGACGCCAAAGGGCACGCCCGUUACGCCCAAGGAUGUGGUGGACUUCUACUUUCCGCGGCCCACAAAGAUUGUCAACGGCAUACAGCAGGAUGACUUUGCGGGCAAAACCGUUGCCUUCUUCGGUUGGAUAGCGUUCAUCACAAUGCGCAUGCUCUCGCUGGCCAUGUUCUGUGUCUUCUAUCCACGUGCCUUCUUCAUCAUUGUGGGCGUGCACUAUGCCCUAAUGCUGGCCGCUUUGGCGCUGGAGACACGUUGCCGCGUCAGCUGGAGCCGCUCGUUGUUCUAUCUGCUCCUCGGCUACAUCUACAUUUUUGUGCUGCUCGAGUUCCGUGUGUGCUUCAAGAGCGUAAAGAGAUGGUAUGUCUGCUACCUGAUGCUCAUACUGGUGGAGAACAUAACCAUGUCAGCGAUUUGGUAUGCGAACGAGCAGUUCGAGUCCUGGUGGUUCGGCUUUAUUUGGGAGUGGAUCGUUUACAGCGGCAUUUUGUUUCUGGCCACGAUCGUGGUCUACUACUGUAUACUGCGUCCCAAGGAUGUCACGCUCAUCGUGGAGGACGAGCCAGCAGCCCAAGGGGAUCAAUCAGAGCAAGCGCCGGUUGCUUAGCAGCGCCGUUGCCAGG